UUGAAAGUUCAAGUGUUCAAAAACAACUUGAAGUAUUAAAAAAAAUUCUUGUUCAUUUUGUAAAUACAACAACAGAUAAUUAUUCAUCAAUUAACAAUUGCUAAUAAACAUAACCGGCAAACAGAUAAUAGAAUAUUCCUAUAUAAAGUUAGGCAUCGUCAAAGUAAAAUGGGACGUCUUCGUUCAGUAAUUGAUCAAGGUUCAACACCAGAACCAGCACCAAUUCGUAGAUCACUCAGGCUAUCAAGCAAAACACGUAGAGAUGGUAUUGCUAAAUGCAUGAAGCGAAAUACACAAAAUAAAGCAAAUAUUGAAAAUGCAAUACUAUUAGAAUCGAGUUGUCUACGUCCUCAUUCAGUAAUUGCUCAAGGUUCAACACCAGUACCAAUUGACCAUGUUGUUAAUGAUGAUGAAACUGAACGUUUAAAAAGUCGUAAACCACUUGGACUAUCAAGUAUAACACGUAGAGAUGGUAUUGCUGAAUGCAUGAAGCUAAAUACACAAAAUAAAGAAAAUAUUAAAAAUGCAAUACUAUUAGAAUCAAGUCCACUACGUCCUCGUUCAGUAAUUGCUCAAAGUUCAACACCAGCACCAAUGGACCAUGUUAACAAAGGAUAA